AUGGUUUUUCUAGUGUGGCAAGUCCUUGAAGCCAACCAGACUGCUCGCAGGGCUUACCAGCGUGUUCUUUUUGAGUCGACUGGGCGGGAUGUUGUCAAGAAGGUGAUCUGCCUCCUCCUCUGGUUAGAGAUGACCAUGGGGUUCCAGGUCCUUGGCAGCGUGGCGACCAUGGCGCCUGGCGACAUGUCGCUCCCGCAGGUCAUCAUAAAAGCGUGCGCCGUGUACAACUACGUUCUCCAUGGCGGCUACGAGCAGCCGGCACCCCUCGCGGACAUCCCAACCAUCGUGACCCUCUGCGGCGUGCGUGGGGGUAGGCUUGUCGACGCGAGGUUCUUCAUGUUCCACAAGGACAUCGUUGCGCGUGGUGUUGCCUUCAUCCGGGACACCUUUGCGGCGCUCAUAUUCGAUGACUACCUGCAUGCGAUGCUACGCCGGUUCAAAGACGAUUCCAACUCGUUCUUGAUCCCCACACCACUGCCCGCUCCAGAACUGAUGGCGCCGUUCAUCGUCCUCACAAGUUUGCCACCCGAAGACUGCCGAACAGCGUUUGUCGCCGUCCCCGAGUACGACCCUCUAAGCUCACAAGAUAUCCUGGAGUAUUUUGAGAGGCGUCUUAUGUUCGGGCCCUGCAUCGAGCGCAUCGACACAGAGCGGCCAGGUGCGGGGCAGGGGCCAAAGCACUGUGUCAUUGUGUUCAGGAGCACCCAGCAGAGGGACGAGGCGAUGUUCCAGGAGACCGCGGCGUUCUUCAGGGUCAACAACGGCGAUAUGUGGGUGCAGCGCUACAUGCCUCCUCUGUGA